GCUUCCGCGAGCCCAGGCCGCCCAGGCGUCCGAGCGCCGGCCCGUCGGCUCCGCGCGGCCAUGGCGGGGCCGGGCCCGGGCCCGGGGGACCCGGACGAGCAGUACGACUUCCUGUUCAAGCUGGUGCUGGUGGGCGACGCGAGCGUGGGCAAGACGUGCGUGGUGCAGCGCUUCAAGACGGGCGUCUUCUCGGAGCGCCAGGGCAGCACCAUCGGCGUCGACUUCACCAUGAAGACGCUGGAGAUCCAGGGCAAGCGGGUCAAGCUGCAGAUCUGGGACACGGCUGGCCAGGAGCGGUUCCGCACCAUCACCCAGAGCUACUACCGCAGUGCCAACGGGGCCAUCCUCGCUUAUGACAUCACCAAGAGGAGCUCCUUCUUGUCGGUGCCUCACUGGAUUGAGGAUGUGAGGAAGUACGGGGGUUCCAACAUUGUACAGCUGCUGAUUGGGAACAAGUCCGACCUCAAUGAGUUCCGGGAGGUCCAGCUGGCUGAGGCACAGAGCCUGGCGGAACACUACGACAUCUUGUGUGCCAUCGAGACGUCUGCCAAGGACUCGAACAACGUGGAGGAGGCCUUCGUGAGGGUGGCUACGGAGCUGGUGAUGAGGCAUGGGGGCCCUCUGCUCAGUGAGAAGGGCACCGACCACAUCCAACUGGACAGCAAGGACAUUGGAGAGAGCUGGGGCUGUGGGUGCUGACUGGGGUGGCGGGCAGGCAGGCAGGGGCCUCCCCACCUUCUCUCUCUCUCUCUCUCUGGCCUGCCAAGCCCAGCCCUCCAGAACUGGCCCUCCAGGACGCCAGCAAUUCUAGGGCAGCUGGUUAGAGUCCUGGAAGUGACCAUCCCAGGGCCUGGAUGCUUGAUGGGCAAGGUACCCUCAAGGAAGGAAGAAGCAGGAGACCUCCUCCUGCACAGGAGAACUGUGGUCACAGGGUAGGGUGUGGGGCCCAUCUUGCCAGCCAGAGGCUGUUCCCUCAGAGUUCUUCACAUUCCAGGACUGGCCCCCGUGGAUAGCAGUGGGUGAGGGGCCAGGAACGUGCCUCCCUGUCCCACAUGGAUUGGUUCCGACCAUUUCAGUCUGCAGCUGUGGUAGUAGCCUGCUGCUUUCCAGGAAUGGGGCUGGUGCCCAGGUUCUUCCAGGCCAUUCCAGGGCCUCCGUAUGUAGCCGCAGAGAGCAAGGGCAACUGGCCCAAUGGACUCAGUUCCUGAGCACAGCCCAGGGACACCCUGCCUCCUCCCAAGCACGGAGCCUUCUUCCUUUCUUCACUGCCAGCUCUCAACUCACAGACACCUUGGGCCAGCUCACUGUCUUAGCAAGACCUCUCGAGUUUUCUGGUUUUCCAUGUAGCUUCUUGGUUUCAUUAGCACAAGUGCGGGGUCAGGGCCCACAGCCAAGCGGGGACUCUGCUGGCUUGCAGCCCAAAAUUUUGCUCAGGUUGCAAAACCAGCUCCUUUUGGGGCACCAGCUCUCAGAAGCUUGGGGGUAGGGGCGUGAGAUAGGAACUGGUCCUUUAAGGGAAAAGUAAAAGCUGACAUUCCUGAGGUCCAGGUCUGAGAGGGAUCCUCAGGGCGCCCAGGGUUCACCCGUGUGCUGCCUCUCCAGAUGCAGCCUACAGAAGGUGAGGCCCUGCAGUCCUUGUUUCACCACCACCACCACCACCACCCCCCUCCCCCCACCACCCCGCCACCAGGGGUUGAACCACGCCCCUUUAAUGGCCUCUCCCUGUCCUGGAUUCUAAGUUUAGAAGGCAAGCGCUCUUGGAUGUAGCAGGGUACUCUGGGUGUAGCUCAGAGAAUCAUAGGGAUUAGGUUGUGGGAGGCAGGUGAUGGUUCCAUGCCAACCCUUGUCCCUCCCAGUCCAGCUCCUCAGGCUCCUCAGUGUGGGUGCCCCAGGAAGUGAACUGCCCUCUAAGCCAUGGUGAGGCUACAUCCAGAGGGGUCCGGAGGCCAGGUGGCUCCCUGCUCAGUCCCAUCUUGCACUUCUUGCUUUCCCCUCCAGGCACUGUGGUCUGCGUGGUCCCUGUCCCAGGCAGGCCUGGUUGUAGGGCCAGAAGCCAGAGGCUUGGAGCAGCCCACAGUGGUCAGCUCAACAGGGGUCUGCCCUGAGGGGAGUCAUCUGGGAUGGGAGGUGGAAGCAGGAAGACCGUCUGGCUUCUUUCCUCAGCAGCCUUGCUGAUGGGAUGGGGCUGAGCAGGGCUAGGGCCACGCAGCUGGCAGGGAGAGGCGGUGGCUCCUGCCCCUUGUUCAUGGUACCUGGGUUCUGCCAGCAGGGUAGAAAAUGCCUGGCUUUCUUAAGGGGCUCCCUAUAGAGGGCCCCAUUCAGGCCAAGGGCAGUGGCCCUCCAGCCUCUUGACUGCCUGUGAGGGGCUGAUAUUUGGGCAAAGCUGGAAGAGAAUCUCACAAAGCCUGACCUUGCAGAAAUGUGCUGCUUUGGGAGGGAGGUACAAGUAGGGGCUUGGAGCAGAGGCCUGGGCCUAUACCCAGGGAUUGAUUUGCCACCCCAGUUCCAGUCGAGUACAGAUGGUGACCCUGCCCUUUGCUACCCCCCACCCUCUCUGAAAAGCCUUCCUUCACUGGGUGCCAGGUUGGAACAGGGUUAGGUAGCUUUGGCACCUUGGACUGAGAGUCAUGCAUGGGAGACUUGAAAUCCCAUGAAGGCUCAGCUUAGGAGGGGGUGGCCAGUCCAGCCUGCAUCAGGGAGCUUACCUCUCAUUGGUGGCUCCGUGGCUCACCUAGCCACCAAGAAAUAGCACCUCACUUUCACAGCCCAAGAUGUCAGAAACUUGGACUGAGAGGGCUCCUGCUACCCCAUCCUCCAUGCUUUGGGGCAGCCUUACACUCCAGGGGUUUUAGCCUAGAAAUCCAGGAUCACCUGAGCUCCACAUUCUCCCACCCCCACAGUGCUGAGGAUUCCACCUUUACAACCCCCUGCCCCUCUACCCCAGACCCCAUCCCCUCAACUGGACCCCUCACGGACCUCCAUGCCCUGGAGUUUCCCUUCUCUAACACCCAAGCCACCCUCUUGCUCCUGUCAGAGUGACUGGUCCAGCAGGUCAUCCUGGUCCUGUCUCCCUGCUCUAGCACUUCUGGGGCUCCGAAGCAGCCCUUACUCCACCAGGAUGGCCAAAACUGCCACAGCCCCACCCUGCCCCAGACCCCUUCCUGGCCUCCCCCUUUACCCACCCUGCCCUUUGAUUCACUUAGAAUCCUACAAGUGACCCAGCUGGCUACACCCCAAGUUCAUCCCUUGCCCGUUGUACCCUCUGGCAAGAAUGAGUUCUGCCCCAACCCGUGGCCUGCUAGGCUCCCCUAUCCUGGGCUGAGGUCAUUUCCCACUGCGCGGGCCCCCCUGGGGCAGGGAUGACCACAUGUGCCUGGGUGCCUGCUCUGUAGUGGCCCCUCAGGCGGGGCCUCCCCAACUCUCUGGCCCAGACAUGGGUGAGAGAAAAUGGGGAAGUGUGUGCAGAAAACAAGAUGGGCCUCUAUUUCCUUCCCUCACUUGGCCAGUCCCUCUCCCAGCAGAUCAGGCCUCUGGGGCAAGAGGAGAACAGUUUAAUCUCUCCCCUUGUUUAUAAAUUACCCAAGAAUGGAGCAGGUAGGGUCGGGGUGAAGGGGAGGGGUCCUGGGAGGGAGGCCAGGAAGUAUCCCAGCUGAAGGAGGCUCCUGAGGAGGGCAGGUUUUCCACGGUGGGGCCGGCAGGGAUGUGUCCGGACUCCGAAGCUGGAGGGUACGUCUCUGUUCUCCCACGAGGCAGGUCUUGACCUCGAGGACACAGGGCCCAGCAGGUUUGGAGCUGGAGGAGCUCCUAAUUCAUAUUGAAUUCAGUUAUCUUCCCCAGGAGGGCUGUGCAGGGUGGGGCCCCCGGAAUGCUGUGACCCCCUCUGGCUUGGACUGUUGGGGUGGGAAGGGCCUCAGCCAACCCAAGGAUGCCAUUUGCAUUUGGGAAUUUUUCACAUUACCUAUUUAUGAAUAUAUAGAUCUUUAUAUCAAAUCUAUUUUUUAAAACAUGGAAAAGUUGCCUUUAUGGAGACUUAGCAGAGCCAGAGUGUGCACAUUCCUAAACCAUUAAACAGAUUUCUGUAACGAGCCAGUGGUGCCAGAGACUGGUUCUCUCACCUUUGAAACCAAGAUGAUCCCACCUCCUCAGCUGACCUCCCUGUCUCCGGGCCGGCCGUGGUGGGGUAGACCUUCAGGAAAGCCAGGGUGUCACUGCCCCUCACCCUCACAGCCCUGAAGUCCCUCUUCUGUCACCGUCCCCAGGGCCACACUGGCCCCUCCUGGCCUCUCCCCGCUCUUUCCUGGAUCCUGCCUCCAGUCUCCACAUGCUGCAGGGAGUUUCCAAAGCUCGCUCGCUGAGUCACCCCUUCUCAGAACUCCGCACCAUCCAUGCUGCCCUCAGUCUCCUUCAAGAGGCCACAAAGGACAGACAGGCCUGGCCACUCUCCUGACACUCACCACCCCAGCCAUUCAUCACCCCAGCCGGCUCUGACCUUGCUGCUCCCCUGCCGGGCAGACCACCUGAGGACCCGAGACCCCUGCUGGGCGCUGGGCUUCUCCACACAGGGUCCUGGUUUACAAACAGCUUGAGCUGGGGUCUCUGACACAAAGAACAGCUCCCCUCCCUGGUCCCGAAUUGACUGGGACGUUCAGUGCUGACCCCACACUGCCUGGGUAGAGAGUGGGGCGCUGCAGCCUCUGCUGGAAAAGAAAGACCCAGCUCAGAGGCUGAGUCUGGGCUCACCGAGCUUCCUGGGCUUCCAUGGAGUGCUUUCCCCCAGGUCUUUGUGGCCUGAUCUGCAGCUGGGGGUUUGGGUGCGGGGUACGGUUGGGCUGGCCUGACAUGCCCCCUCGGCUGGGCCCACCCCUCCUGUACCAAGGCUGCAAUGGGCCUCUCCACUGCUGGGAUUCUAAACCUCACAUCCUAACAAGCAGCACCCUGGUACAGGUAGCCUGGGAACAAGCUGCAGGUACAGGGGCUCCCCAUCACAUCAACUCAAAGCUUCACCUUCUCAGCACAGUGACAGUAUUUCCAGAAACUGGGGGUCUGUGUGCUGGACUGAGGGGACACAGGAGGCGAGGCCCUCAGAAGCAAGGGCCUCGAAAGAGGCCAGGAGAGGUGAGUUCUACCCCCUGGGGGAUUGCGUGCAGGGCUGCUGCUCACUCUCGGGUCCCGGGACCCGAAGCAGGCCUCGUCCAGGAGAGCGUUAGCAAAAGAAUCCCAGUGUCCACCCCAGAACUCAUGACUCAGAGUCUGAAUUUCAUAAGGUCCCAGGGAAUUUGUGUGCACGGUGCAAUUUGAACAACGCUGGUCUAGACAGCCUGCCUACCACCAGGAAGGUCCCUGAUCAGACCUAAUAUAAGAAGCUUUAGGGUCUUCGAUUGCCUGAAGGAUCUUGCUCUUUUCAUUUCUAGAUAACACGUGUUUUCCUUCCUGGGUGCAGUGCUGACUUUACCUGUGGCCAUCGGGCUAAAGGCCUGCUGGUCUGCUCCCUGUCAAGGCUCUGACUGUCACCCUCUGUCUGGAGCCAGAGACCAUCUGUGGAAGAGGUCACCCUACCUGACACCAACACACUAUCAUUCAAACUUGAAUUGUGCCAAGAUUUGAACUUGUCCCCGUCAGGGACGAUUUUUUUCUGGAUCCUUAACCCCUUAAAGCUGUAGACCCCUUUCAUCAGAAUGGAUACAGAUUCACGAGACCCAAACAUGGCACACCGUUGGGGUUAGUAGGCUGCUCACUUUCCAGUGUAGGCUCUUCAAACAUCUAGCAGAAUGGUGGGCACAACUGAUGUUUGUUGAGAGGUUUCCACACAAAUUCACGAGAGUUUCAGGGCCUCAAAAGCACACCCAGUAAGCGGCACAAGGGAGAGCUGUGCCAGGAGCUUUGGUUCGGGGGCCUUGGAUAUUGUGGCUGAGACGGGGCUGCAGGGACAACUGCCACAAACUCAGGCUUAGAUUCAACAAAGGCAUGUGAUUAUAAAAUGAUAGCCCUUGUGAAGCUCGCUCCAAAGGAUGAAUCUUAAAAACAGUAAAACCUAAGACAAACCAUGUAGCCUUAGUUCUAGUCCAGGAGAGAUGUGGAGCUAGCCCCCCCUCGCCACAGUGUUUUAGACAAUUUCUAAGGUGCUGAUCUCAGCAGAGUCAAGGCCAUCUCCAAGAAGGAGCUGGGGCUCUGGGUCAUCCUGCUGCUUUUCUACACUUUGCAGUUUUCGAUAAUAAAUCCGUAGCACAUUUGUACUGGAAAGAUACAAUAAGCUUAAGAAUCACAAAAACAAUAUUCAAUAUUCAAAAAUGUUUAUGAUGCAACAUUCACUGAACAAUUCAGAGUCCUUGGAUAUGGAAUGUUAGGAACAACAUAAGAAAAGUCUGGACGUGAAAAUGUUAAUAAUGUUUGUACCAAAAUAAGGUUAGAACUUCCUCUUUUCCACACUUUAUAAAAUAGAACUGCAUGGCUUUCAUAAUAUCAUAUGUGAUAUAUAUACAAGAUAUAUAAGUGUGUGAUUAUAUAGCUAUCUCUACCUAUAGACACACACAUGUGCACAGACGUGCUCUUGUGGGAAAUAACCUGAUAAAAAUUUGAGGGGAAGAUUUAGAAUAUUCUGAUCACAUAUAAACCAGCUAUGGAUUUAGGGAGACCAUCGUGCAUGGUGGAAUGAUAGAGGUAAUGAAGUUUCUCACUUAUUUUGGGGGGGAGGUUGCUUAAAAGUCGCCUAUGUGUACGUGACAUUUGUUUGAAUUUGAGAAUUUCCAAAUACUCACAAAAGCAGAGUUGGCAGGGAAAUCCUGUUUGCCUACCACAGAGCUUCAGUGACCCUCAUCAUCUUGUCAGACCCGACUCUACCCACCCUCCUCCUUUUUGAUGGGAUAUUUUAAGGGAAAUCACAGACAUCUUGGCAUUUUAUUCUGAUUUUUCAGUCUGAAUCUGACAGCAAACAGGUCAGCAUAGCCAUAAUGCUGUUCUCCAGCUAGCAAAAUUAAUAGUGAUUCCUUCUAGUCAUCCUCUGUCUGAGCCAUAUUCAGAUUCCCCCUUUGUCUAAAGAAUGUCUUACCGUGUCUGUUGUGGUCAGUUAUAUUUGGGUUCUUAUCUCUUUUAGGUCUACAGGUGCAGGUGGGUCUUCUCUUACCUGCUGAGACUACUGUGCACCUCCAUCCACCUCCUUUUUACAGAAGCUGUUGUCUUCUCCCUUCACCUUGUCUGUUGGAUUUGCCCCUUUUUAUAGCCAUCUAGUGAUUUCAGCUGGGUUUGGGGCAGGGCGACAUGUCAUUAUGGUGUGGCCGGUAUGCCCAAGUAAGCAAAAGUCUGGAGAGGUUCUAUAAGCUUCGCCAUCACCACCUGAAGCCGCUCCACUGGCUCUCCCUGCUCUGCUAAAAUCCCUCCCGAGGAUCGAUAAGGUAGUGCCUGUGUCAUUCCUUCAUUUGUCAAAUUCUACAAAAUCCGAAACAACAGAAACCCCCAACCCAGUCAGGAUGUUGAUGGGGAUGAAAUUUAAUUUAGACGUUAAUUGCGAGAACUGAGUCUCGCUGGUGAUAAAUGGCCACAUCUGUCCACAUACUCAGGCUGUCUCUCCGUCCCCAGUGACAAUUUACUAUACUUGCUUUCUAAUAAAUUUAAUAUCCCACUAGAUCUAUUUCACAAAUGGGCUUUUAAAGAGUUUCAAGCUUGUGGAGAGCACACAAGAAUGGGGGCGGGUGGUGAAGAAGGAGGUGAAAGUGGUUGUGCCCAACCAGAGUGAGUGGCUUUAUUUCACAUACCAGGUGCUGUUAAGGAGUUUGUUGAAAAAAAGAUCUUCAAACCUUUGAAGAAAAAGGUUUGAAAACUAUCAUUCUAGACUUUAAAAAAAAUUUUUUUUGAGUAAAGUACACACAAAAUCUACCAUCUCAACCAUUUCUACCGCAUAGCAGUGUUAAUUACAUUCUUUGUACAAACAGCCACCAACACCACCCUUGCCAGAGCUUUCUCUUUGUGUAAAACUGAAACUCUGUACCCAGAGGCAACUCCCAUUCUCCCCGCCCACAGUCUCCUCUCUAGACUUUUUAAAGGCAAAAGAACAGGUGACUGCUGUGUCUUUUGAAGGCUACUCCAUAAAUAGAUGAAGGUUUGGUGAAGGUUUGGUUAGGAAGCAGCUUUUAGAAGAUAAAUAAAACUUUCUGAACUCAAAGUCAUUCAGGUUAUGAUUCAGGUAUAUGGAGUUCUUUUGGAAUCUAGAACAUUGAAAGAAGGAUGUAUAGAUUCCUUCUUCGGCUUUUGCUUUUACUAAAGGCAGGCAUCUGACUAUCAAGUGAAAAAGCCAAUGAGUUGGCAGACUUUACGGCCUGCCUUCUCUUUUUAUAUCUUUGUAAACCUCACUUUUGUUUUCUAAUUACUAGGGAUGCACAAACCUAAAAUAACAGAAUAGGAGUUGGCCUCUGUUCCUGCAAUGGUCUAAACAAGAACAUCGGAAUGGGAAAGUGGGGCAUUUAGGGGUUCCAGGAGUGCCCUCUGUGUUGCCCUGAUAAACCUGACUGCAUCCAGCCCACAGGAAGAGGAAAGGGGGUGGUGGAAAGCCUUUUCCUUUAGGUCACCACCAAGAAGUUGCCACAUCUGCUUUCAUGCCCUUGGCUGGAAGGUGGUCCCGUGGCCACAGCUAACGCAAGGUCUCUGGGAAACGUAGUUUAUAUUCUGAGCUGUCAUGUGCUUGGCUAAGACCCUGUUCCCUGUGAAGAAGGGGACAGCAGUGCUGAAGGUGCAGUAUUUGUUGUACUUAGUUGUCCCUGACCAGUUGCAGGGGUGCUGGAAAAGACCAUGGUGCUCAGGGUUAGCUGAAUUCCUACUCUCCCCCAGGCCCAUCCCAAUAGCUUUGGGGGCACCAUACUCCCCCUCUAAAUGUGAGUUUUCUCACUGCAAAAAAAGGGGGACAAUUCUUGUUCUCUCGUGGGACUAGUAAGCUUAGAAAUAACCUCAAUAUCUCAGAAAAGGACUGGCAUAGGAAUGAACUUCAUGAAGGAUUUGAUUGGAAUAUUGAUUGGAAUUCUAAUAUUGAUUGGAAAAUAGCAUGAGUGAAAACAGUUGGAUUGCUGUUUAUAACUGCAACUUUUCAGUUAAACCUAAACAUUCAGCAAUAAUAGAUGAACAAAUAAAAUUAUGGUACAAGGCUGAUCUUUUAAAAUGACUAAGUAAACACAUGUGGGCCAUGGAAAUAUGUUUCCAAUUAAUCUAAUAAGUAAAACACUUUUAAGUAUUAGGCAAAACAUACAU